GGCCUUGUUCACAGUUCAAUGUUCAGGAGCAUAAAACUCCCUAUGAAGACACAGGUUUUACAUUCACAACAGAGUGCUAGGCUUCCUUUCUAAACACUGGACUCCAAAUGAUAAGGCCCCCAAAUAUUCUGAGGUGGUGGUUGUUUUAUCCCAAGGAGCUUUUCUCCUGAGAAAAUGCCGACCACACAGAAGACGUUGUUGUUCCUAUCUGGCUUUGUCACAAGCCUUGGCUCCGUUGUUGUCAUCUGCUCGAUCCUGGGGACACAGGAAUGGGUCACCAGCACUAUUGUCUUCACAGAUGCUAUUUCCAAUGGGACCAUUGUCAUCACCUAUGGCCUCUUCCGUGGUACGAGUGCUCAAGAUUUGAACGAAGGCCUUCAAGAUCUGGACAAAAACUUUGAGGUUUUAGGGAUAUUGGGCAAUUCUUCCCAGAAGUCUCUGCAUUUGGUGGCCAUCAUAUUCCUGAUCCUGAGUCUGGGAGCUUCCGUACUGAGCUCAGUGUUCACCUUCUACAACAGCAUCAGCAACCCUUACCAGACGUUCCUAGGUCCUAUGGGCGUCUACACCUGGAAUGGACUCAGUGCAUCCUUUGUGUUCCUGACCAUGUUACUGUUCGUGGGGAAUACAGAGUCCAACCAUCUCUCAGAAGAGCUGUCCCAGAAGCUUUACCCAGACACCGUCAACAAGAGAACAACCCACACUUAUGGAUAUUCAUUUUGGCUCAUUCUGCUUGUCAUCCUUCUGAAUAUUGUCACUGUGGUCAUCAUCAUCUUCUAUCAGAAGGCCCGAUACCAGCAGAAGCAGGAGCAGAGGAAGCCACUGGAAUAUGCUCCCAGGGAUGGCAUUUUAUUCUGAGUCUCAUCUGGUAUCACAUUCACACUGUCUCUGCCAGUAGUAACUGGCUAGCUCCUCUGGACAAUCGGCACGGUAGAGUGACUGUCAGGUGCGAUACCUUCUGUAACCAUGACACCAUGUCCUUCCUAGGCGAUGCUUGCACACUUCUCCACGACUAUCCCCCUGGAAAGAGUUUUCUCACGAGAGCAGGGUAAUGAGCGGGGAAGGCUGUGGUCUAGAGUGCUCCCAGAGGGGGUGGUCUGGGGUCUGCAGGCCCUUCCCUCCUGGCCUUGUUAUCCACAGUAAUAAAGGUCUGAGUUUUUGCCUUUCCUGUGACCAGCUCAAAGGACUGUAGCCCCCAUGAUCUUGUCCUUAGGAAGGACCAGUUAUUUCUCCCUGCUGUAAGAACAAAGACAUUCUGAACUUGUUUGUCAAGAGUUAGAUGCAAAAAGAUAAAGGAUGAAAUGACCCUGCAGGCCCAGUUCCUUUAAUGAGGGCUAGACCUAGACGUGUGCAGAAUUUAGGCCUUGGGAAACCUUGCACGAACAUGUUAGAGGUAAAAUAUAGUUACUGUGGUCAGUUUUUCCAGUAGACAGACAACCAGCAAAAUGGGAAAGGCACCAACAUUUAUUCUACAUGUUUUUCCAGAAGGAUAUUUCCUUUGAAAAUCUCAUUGAGAACCCUUCAGCCUUGACUGUUUUACAAUGGAAAGUGACCCCUUUCAUGUGCUGAUGGAGUUGUGAAGCAGUAGCUCUGUGACAAGGAGUGGAUCCUAUGAAGUCCCCAAGGAUAAAUGGCCUUCAACACUCAGACUCAGAUGUAGAGGUGUGAGCUGGGUCCCCACAAUGUGGGCAGCACCAUGCCGAGUCCUCACUCUCCUGGAGUUUACUGUCAGGCAGCCUAGGCAGACAUUUAAUGAACACUCACUUGACUCCAAUGAAAACAGUUGCUUAGGGUUGGGGGUCCCUCCACUGGAGAGCACUAAAGUGCCUAGCAUGUGCAAGGCCCUGGGUUCCAUCCCUAGCUCUAUAAAAAUGAAGCAAACAUGUAGUUACAAAUUUGUGCUUGUGUUUGGAAGGGACAGUCUCGAUCACACUCCACCCUGAAGUCCUACUAACUCAAGAUUACUCUUUAUCUAUUAAAUUAUUAAAAAUUUACUAUACUUUAUUUCCUUUGUGUGUGUACAUGUGCAUAGGCCAUGAUGUGUGUGUCUGUGUGUCUCUUUGUGGAGAUCAGAUGACAGGCUUCAGGAUUUGGUUCUCUCCUAUCACGUGAGACCUACUAAGCUGUCUUGUGGACCUACUAUUAAAUUAUUAUACAGUUUGGACUUGGGCAACAAUAGCUUAGUGGGUAAAAGUGCUGGCCACCAAGCCUGAUGACCCUAGUCCAUUCUAAAUGACCCACAUAGAGGAAAGAAAGAGCUGACUCCUACAAGCAGUCCUCUGAUCUCCGUUCACACAUUGUGGCAUGUGCAUGCCCAUAGCCACAACCAUGCUUCCCUAUACAAUACACAAAAUAAACACAUGAAUGUAAAAUUUAAAA